AUAUUGUAUUAAAUAAGCCAUUUAUUUCCUGAAGACGAUUUGAACAAAACAGCAAUAUAUACAGAAAUCCGGAAGGUUUCUCCUACCUAACACAGGCAUGCCUUUUCUGAAGCUACCCUGGCUGCAUCAGCAGAAGAAGAUACCAUGGAGGCCAAAAGUCUUGGGUAGGAAGGGAACUUUUCGGAAGCCAGGCAUCCUUGGUCUGCAGAAUUAUCAGACUUUGCUGGAAGAUUGCUUGAAGAAGGACUACCGCUUUGAAGAUGAGCUCUUCCCAGCUGAUCUUAGCUCCAUUGGGCCAAAUAUACUCUUGAAACUACCUGCCAAUAUACAGUGGAAGAGGCCUGGUGAGCUGUGUAAGUCCCCAGUGUUUUUUUCUGCAAAGAAAAAAAGUUGCAUGCUGCGCCAAGGAAAGCUAGAAGAUUGCUGGUUUUUGGCUGCUGUGGAAGCUUUAACUUUUCAACAAGAUAUCUUGUUUAAAGUAGUGCCACAGAACCAAAGUUUUGAGAAGAAAUAUGCUGGGAUAUUCCAUUUCAAGUUCUGGCAUUUUGGUGAAUGGGUUGAUGUGGUAGUAGACGACCGACUGCCUGUAAAUGAAUUUGGUGAAUUCAUUUUCCUCUCUUGUAUUCAUAAAAACAUAUUCUGGGGAGCUCUUCUGGAGAAGGCAUAUGCCAAGCUGUGUGGUUCCUAUGAAGAUCUGCAAAUUGGGCACGUGUCUGAAGCUCUGGUGGAUUUCACGGGUGGCGUGAACAUCACUAUAAAGCUGGCUGAAGCUCCACCUGACCUCUGGAAUAUCUUGACUAGAGCAACCUACAGCAGAUCUCUUAUAGGCUGCCAGACUCAACCAGGGCCAAUAAGAGUACUUGAGAAUGGAUUAGCAACCUGCCAUGCCUACACAAUGACUGACAUCCAAAAAGUGGCCUCUAAACAUGGACCUGAAAAUUUGGUAAGAUUGAGAAAUCCCUGGGGGAAAACAGAAUGGAAAGGUGACUGGAGUGACAAAUCUGAGAAAUGGGAACUGCUCAAUCCGAAGGAGAAGAUUUUGUUGCGAAGAGAUUAUGAAGAUGGUGAAUUCUGGAUGUCUCUGCAAGAUUUUCAAACUCAUUUUGUUGACCUGAUGAUCUGUAAAUUAACCCCUGAUCUCAUGAGCCAGGAGGAUGGGAAGAAGUGGAUGUGCUCCAUGCAGUUUGGCAAAUGGGUCAAAGGACGUACAUCAGGUGGCAGAAUAAGCACCCACAAAAAUACAUUUUGGAUGAACCCUCAAUACCUGCUAAAAGUCCUGCGAGGCAAUGGCAGCAAAGGGUCCUUAUACUCACACAGUGUGUUGAUAUCUUUGAUCCAGAAGCACAAAGGUAAACAUCGGAAUCGGAUGCCUCAUCUUCCCAUAGGACUCACAGUCUACAAAUCUCCUCUGAUGUCCACUUUUCAGUUUUACAACAGCAACAGGAAGCUGCCAUCAAGCUUUUUUGCCUGGAACAGGCCUUUGAAUUGGUCACUCUUUAUUAAUAAACGUGAAGUGACUCAGGACUUCCGGCUCCCUCCUGGUGUCUACGUCAUCGUUCCCUCUACCGCAGAACCUCAUCAGGAAUCAGAGUUUCUUUUGCGGGUCUUCUCCAGGACUCACAUUCUUCAUGAAUUAGGUGGAGAUUCAAGCUGUGUCCUUUCAAAGGAAAUAGUGGACAAACACGAAGACUGGGAAGAUGUCUUUGCUAAGUAUUUUGUUAAAAAUCCAAAAAUGAAUGCAGUUCAGCUGCAGAGGAUCCUGAACCAUGAGUCGUGGACUAGAAAGCUUGGCUCUGUAGCUUUAACUCGCCUAUCUCUUCCUCUGUCUCUGCAACGCAUGGAGAGAGGAGGAGCGGGUGGAGAACACAAAGUGCAGCAAGUAGAGCUAGACAGAGGACAAACUGAUCACAAAAAGGAGAAAGCUCUUCAGAACUAUGGAUUAAGAUUUAGCCUGGAUGUUUGCCGGAGUAUCUUGGCCCUCCUGGAUCUUGAUAGCACUGGAGACUUGAGCAUUCAAGAAUUCAGACUCCUAUGGAAGAAGCUGCUUCUUUAUCAGGACGUUUUCCAGAAAAAAGAUAUUCACCAUACAGGUUGCUUGGAGCAAGCAGAAGUACACGCAGCUUUAGAAGAAAUGGGUAUUCCCAUCAGCAGUGAGCUUUGUAAACUGUUGGCAUUUCGCUAUGGGGACCCUGAUCUAAAAGUCACCUUUGAAAACUUUGUCUGCCUUGUGCUGCGUGUGGAUCUCAUGAUGAAGGCCUUUUAUAAUAUGAGUAAAGAUGGCAAAGGGAUAUAUAUCAAAGAAUCUGAGUGGAUGAUUAUGACCCUCUACUCAUGAAGUGAAGCAAAGAAGAAGAGUUGGACGGAGCUGUGGUAGCCUUUAAAAGAAUUAUAGGGAAACUUUCUUAUCAGCUUUCUCUGUAGACAGAAAGGGGCAGAGGAAAUCCAGACACUGCAUGGCAUUCUACUUUUGUCUUGAUUGAAAUAGGUUUAGGCCUAUCAGAAUUAUAUAUCAUUUCAAAUCUUCGUUGAAACUCAGAUUGGGGGUUAGAGCAGGUAUUGGUAUAGCCUUGCUAAAGAAAAAGCAAGAAAGUCAUCAAACUGCAACUGUAAUCAAAAAAAUCCAAUGCCACUUCCCUCACGAGCAAUCUUCUCUCACAUGACCAUACUGUGCCAUCAUGGGAGAAGAGAUGGACAGCUAUAAGAAACAGGACCUUUUCGGUGGAAGUGUGCACCCGAUGAAACUCCACCUUGUCUCCUUAUCUGAGUAUUUUAGAAUUCUAUUGAAGUUCUCUUUUAAAAAUCCAAGGAAGUGUUAACAUUUGAUUGAUCUGUUUUAUAGACCAUUGUUUUUAAACUGAUGUUUGUAGUGCUGCUUUCAGUUUGUUCAAUGCACUUUCUUAAUUUUGCAUAGCUUUACUUGUGUUUUUACAAUGUUUGUUUUUGAUUGUGAUUAUAUUUAUUACUUUUGUAAACUCUCUUGAAAGCUUUUAUCAAAAUACUAAUAUUUGUUUUAUAAGGACUGUAAAAUAGUCCACAAUAUUAAAACCAACCUAUCAUUGUAAUAUCUUAUGCCAGCAACAUCAUACACCCAUUUAAUUCCCAAACUUUGCUUUGACUAUUGAGUAAUGGCUUCCAUAACCCCUUCCAUCUAGGGCUGAAGUCAAGUAGCUGACCUACCUAAGUGUAUACUAUGUUAUUUGAUUGUGUCUUUAAUUAUUUGAUUAUUACCCAUUUUAAACUGAGCAGACAAUAUAACAUUACUUAUGAGAGCAGGUAUGUGAGAAUCUCUUAAGUCCGUGAAGAGAUGGCCGGAAAAACCCCCCAAACAAAAUGCAGAAGUCUUUCUGUUUUCAGAUUGUUUCUUCCCAACAAGCCACCUUCAGUGACUCUUUAGAUCUCUUCUGCAGUCAUUGGUGAUGUUAGUGUUCAAUUACAACUGCCUGCCUGCACAUGUUACAUUAAUUCAAUUAGUGUAACAAGUGCAGGCAGUUCCAACUGAAUAAUUAAUUUAAUUGUAGGGGAUGGCCCUGCAUUUGAAUAGCUCAAAAAGCUUUCUUAGGAUAUGAAACUGAUGGAGAAAAUCUUCACAGCUGAAAAUGCUGGGGAUGAAAUGGCAAGCAUGGGAAGGGCCACAUCCCAUGAUAUGGCAUUGAGUCUAAAAUUUCAUAUUGAAAGACAAAAUCAGAGUUUUGAAAAUAUUGCAGGAUGUGGGAGAAAGAAACUAGCUAUUUAGACUUACAAUCUUGCAGCCAAUGUGACCACUUAAAAUGGCACAUAUUGUGAAAAAAUAAUGUGAUUUGGAAGACACUAUAGUCAAGGUAGCAUGCUGUACCAUACCUUCCCCCAUGCACACAUCUAUAUCUAUAUACACACACAACAUUGUUUUAUAUACCAAUAUGGUUACCAGGCAUGUGCAUUUGAGUCAAAAGGCAUUCUGUUUUUGGGUCCGUUUCAUUUACCAGAAAAUUACCCGAAAGGGGAGGGGUGAUGACAUUUCAUUCAGCGGAGAUUCAGCACAUUUGCUACAAUGGGAAACUUUAAAGGCUCAAUCCUCAUCCAUUUUAAGGUCUAUCUGCAUGAAACCUACCUCAGUUGAAGACCCUAUUUACAACUGCGGGCCUGCCAAGUUUCAAAACUAUCUACUGAUUUUUUAGAAUUAUUUUAAGUUUUAACCAUAACAUUUUUUAAAAUAAGACAUAACAAAAGAGAGUAUUCUGAGAAUUGUAGUUGCUGGUUGUGUUCAUUCUCAGCCAGUCAGAGCAUGGACACCACCAUGUUUUUUAUUGGCUGAGAGAGACACAGAGAGAAAAACCUCAACUCCCAUCAAGCUCGGAGAGGAACUUUUCAAUGGCCACCCUAUGCUAGUGACACUGGGAAAGCGAGUUCCUAGGGCCCUCUCUGGAGGAAGCAACUUUCCAAGAAAAAAUGGAAAAGACUUCUUCUGCUGGGGAAAGAAAAAGAGACCACAGAUCCCCCUACCUCAGGUAUUUUGUGGACUUAACUCUUUCCAAAAAUAUUUGCUUUCUAAAUCCAUUUCGUUGGCCUUUUCGUCUCUUUCUUCCUCUUUCUGUUUUCAGAAAUUAGAUGAAAACACCCUCCGGAAACUACAAAUCUUUUCAUCAACAGUGAUUCAGGCCCAAGUCUAAUGGAUACACUUGCUAUUUCUUGUUAACACAAAGCAUUGCAAUUAUAGUCAUUCAUGUAACUAUUCAUUGUUUACUCAUAACCUCGAAUCUGUCUUUGCUUUACAUCAUUUAAUUUUUGUAACAUCAAGUAGCACUGUGCUACGUGAUCUGUUGUUUUGAAAUUGUCAAGUGUUUUAAUAGAAUCACUGAAUUUGUAUAAGGCAAACUCCAUUCUAUUGAUUACAUAAAAGUAUUUUACUAAUGAUGUUUUUGAAACAUUGCUGUAUCUCAGAGAGAAAUACUACUGUACUUUUAAAACGUGACUUCAAAAUUUUAGUGAGCAUGGCAGAAAACAAUUCAAAAAGCUUUCUGAGAGAUGCAUUCAGAUAAAUCCAGUUAUUCACCACAAGGUCACUUGUCUUUGACUGGGUGCUAUUACAAUACCACACUAACAGAAAGAAGUAUAUUGCGAUGGAGCUAGUCAAGAGGAUGAGAAGCUUUUCAUAGAAGAGGUAAGCAGGACAGGAGACAGGAAAAGUAUUGCGAGGCAGCACAAUGAAAAAAUAUGAAUAGAGAAGAAGGCUGAUGUUUCAACUCAUAACUUUGAAAUAAAAGUUAUUCAAGGAUAUAUUCACAAAGCUUUUAAACUGCAAAAGGAUUGAGCAUAGUUGCACAUGUAUUCUGAGAUGUAAUAAAAUAUAAUGCACAUA